UGCUACUAGUUACAAGUCUAGCGGUUGUAAAAAUAUUCAAAAGAAAGAAAAAAAGUUUUGCGGGAUUUGAAAUAUUAUAUAGAAAAAAGAAAAGAUUAAGCAAAAAAAAAUUGAAUUGAAAAAGAAAAAAAUUAAAACGUUAACGGUUCGUAAAUUGGCUAAAACUAAAACUUGAACUUUCUUCUUCAACUGAAAAAAAAAUCUUGUUUUAUUUUUUGUUUUUGCCAUUAGUUGAAGUUGUUUUAAUGUUUAAACAAUAGAAAAAAAAAGAGUUUUUAAAUAAAACAAAUAGCACAAAAAGGAAUAUAAGAAAAAAAAUCUUGAAAUUUAGAAAAAAAUAAAGUAAAAGAUAUAAGAAACAAAAAAUCCAAAGAGAUUAGUUACUGGCACGACGUUUUAGACUUAAUAAAAAAACAGUUAGAUGACAUUCAUUUUACCAUAAAAAAAUUACAGAAUUUGAAAAAUAAUACCUUAAAAAAAAAACAACAAAAAAUUGUGGAAAAUUAAAUUUUUUAAAAAAUAUUCUGUGGAAACAUAAAGAGUGUUGAAAUUCAUAAAAAGCAUCAUGGGUUACAACUUUAGAGUGGGUUUGCUGUUACUAACCUUUGCGGGGCUGUAUUGUCUAAGCGAGGCCAGUGAAAGCGACAAUUAUCCUGGAGUUAUAGAGCUGGUGGGUUAUAGCAAUCGAAGAGCUAGAACCUAUUAUGCCCCCACCGAAGACAAACCUACAGCAGCGCCUGCAGCGGCCAAAAUGCAGGCUGAUAUUGAAACGGUUAAACAAAAUAUUGAAAAAUAUAAUAAACUUUUGACUUUGGAUACAAAAAAUCUGCCCGAAUCCCAAAAGGAUAUGUUGGAGAGAAUUGUAGAGCGGGUGGCUAGGCUUAAGGAAUCUUUGGAUAUAGCAGAACCGGUUAAAGAGAAAACAAAUGCCACCAAGUCCUCGGACACACAAGAAGAUAAGUCUGAGCCUAAAGAAUUAAAUGAAGAGGAGGAGGAAAAUUCCACUUUGACGCCCACAUCCAUGCCCACACGUUUUGAGGAGUUAGAGGAAGAGGAUAAAACUGAACCUACUUUAGUAUUAGAUGAAACCACAUUGCUGCAGUUGCAAACAUCUAUGGAUAAAUUGGCGGCAGCUCAAGCAGCCGUUACCUCUCAAGCCACACAAAUGAGAGAAUUUCCCACCACCACCGAAAUGAUGCCCGAGGAAAAUUUGGACGAAGAAGAACAGCAAACUACUGAAAGUCCCGAGUCCGAGGAAGAAUAUGAAGGCACCACCUUUGAACCCUCUACCGAUACCACAGACCCAGCUGAACAAUUUGUGGCUGCCAGAUCGAAUAACAAUUUAGCCGGCAUAACAGCCGCUUCAGAUGAAGCAGAAACUAUGGCCACCUUAAGCACUACAGUAGGCAGUCAGAGAACCUUAACCACUAGUGGUAAAAUUACAAAAAAUCGUGCCACCAAAAGACCUCAUGCAGCUAAUAAAAAUAAUAAUGCCAAAAGACGUCCUUCCACCUCCUCCGCUAGCUAUAACAAGAAUAGCAAUACUAAGCAAAAAAUCCCCUCAGGAGUAACACAACCUUCGCUGCAACAAUAUCAAAAGAUAUCACAAAAACCUCAACCACUGACCAAUCAAUAUCAACAACCUUCAGUCCAACAAUAUGGUCAUCUACCACAACCCAGUCUACAGCAGGGUUAUCAAUCUCAACCACCCAAAACUGUCUCUCCUUCAAGUAUUUCUUUGGAUAAAUAUAAUACUGGCAGUAGUUCUUCUGCCGCACCCGCUAACAUAGCCGCCUCUUAUGGUAUUAAUCCUGCUUCGGUCUCUGCUCCAGCCACUUCUUUACCAGUCAACAGCUAUGGCUCUCCUUCGUCGUCGUCCUCAUCAUCAUUGUCAUCUGCUGCCUCAAGUGCCAGUCAAGAUUUAGUUUAUGAUUCUCAUGUUAAUACUUCGGCCAUAAUUGAUAGUUUAAAUAAUAAUGCUCGUGAGGAAUACUAUCAACAGAAACAAUCUCUAACAACGGGAGUGGUAACUAAAGAUAAGAAACCCGUAACUGGUGCAAAACCCACAAAAUAUCACUAUUAUCCACACAAUCAACACAUUUAUUUAUUGCCCGAAUGUGCCAUACAACAGGUCUGUAAUGCAGUCUAUGUGCGCUUAAAUUACACCCAACCACUGUGUGCCUGUCCAUCGAGAUAUCGUGAUCCCUGCUCAGCUAGUUUAAAUGAAGAUGAUCAACACACCACAAAAUUAGUAGGAGAUGGCAAGAAGAAG